AGCUGCCUGUACUAAAACAUAGAGUGCUGGCAGCAGAGCAGAAAGAGGCCUGUGAGCUGACCAUGACCAUGGGGCUGGACCAGUUUCGUGCACAGCUGAACACCGUGGCCUGUGGGCUCCUGCUUCUCCUUGUCCAUGGCUGGGCCCAGGACUCUAUCAGCCCCAUCCAGACCACGCUCACAGGGAAGGUGCGUGGCAACCUCGUCCGUGUGAAGGGCACUAACGUGGGAGUCCACACCUUCCUGGGAAUUCCCUUUGCCAAGCCACCUGUAGGACCACUGCGGUUUGCACCCCCUGAGGCCCCUGAAUCCUGGAGUGGUGUGAGGGAUGCGGUCUCCCACCCUGCUAUGUGUCUGCAGGACAUCACUGCAAUGAAUACACAGGCUCUGAAGUUAUUGAAUCUGACCAUGCCUCCCAUCCCUGUGUCUGAGGACUGCCUGUACCUCAACAUCUACACACCUGCCAAUGUCCAUGAAGGUUCAAAGCUGCCUGUGAUGGUAUGGAUCCACGGUGGUGCACUAGUUAUAGGCACAGCCUCCAUGUAUGAUGGAUCCACACUGGCGGCUUCUGGCAACGUGGUGGUGGUCACUAUCCAGUACCGCCUUGGUGUCCUGGGCUUCUUCAGCACUGGAGACCAACACGCCACUGGCAAUUGGGGGUACCUGGACCAAGUGGCCGCUCUACGCUGGGUACAGCAGAAUAUCGCCCACUUUGGAGGCAACCCUGACCGUGUCACCAUUUUUGGCACAUCAGCAGGUGGCACAAGCGUGUCCUCACAUGUCUUGUCCCCCAUGUCCCGAGGACUCUUCCAUGGUGCCAUCAUGGAGAGUGGGGUGGCUCUACUGCCCAGCCUCAUCUCCAGCUCACCUAAGGCCAUCUCCACAAAGGUGGCCAACCUGUCUGCCUGUGGGCCGGUAGACUCAGAGUCCCUGGUGAGGUGCCUGCGGGGCAAGAGUGAAGAGGAAAUGCUGGCUGUUACCAAGGUCUUCAAGAUCAUCCCUGCUGUGGUGGAUGGGGCCUUCCUGCCCAGGCACCCCCAGGAGCUGCUGGCCUCUACUGAUUUUCAACCUGUCCCCAGCAUCAUUGGUGUCAACAAUGAUGAAUAUGGCUCUCUCCUCCCCUUGCACAAACUCUCUCUCCCUGCCACCCAGAUUGUGGGACCCACCAAUACCCAAAAGGAAAUUGACAGAGAAGUGGUGCGGAAUGCUCUGCAGACAAGGUUAACACAAAUGAUGUUACCUGCUGGGCUUGGUGACCUAUUGAUGGAAGAAUAUAUGAGUGACAAUGAGGACCCCCAGAUCCUCCGAGCCCAAUUCCAAGACAUGAUGGAGGAUUUUGUGUUUGUGAUCCCUGCACUCCAAGUAGCACUUUUUCAGUGUUCCCGUGCCCCUGUUUACCUCUAUGAGUUCCAGCAUCGACCCAACUUUUUCAAAGACAUCAAGCCACCCCACGUGAAGGCAGACCAUGGCGAUGAGAGUAUCUUUGUCUUCAGAUCCUUUUUCUCAGGCUACCAAGUUGACCUCACUGAGGAGGAGGAGCUGCUGAGCAGGAGAAUGAUGAAGUAUUGGGCCAACUUUGCUCGGAAUGGGAACCCAAAUGGUAAGGACCUACCCCAAUGGCCUGUGUUUGACCAUGAGGAGCUAUACCUGCAGCUGGACCUCCAACCUGCUGUGGGUCGUGCCUUGAAGGCCCACAGACUGAAGUUCUGGAUGGAGACCCUGCCCCAGAAGAUCCAGGAGCUGAAGGAGGCUGAAGAGAACCACACAGAGCUGUAGCCCCGUGUGCGGGAGAUUGCCUCACAACACAGCAGUGAAGCCCAGCGCAGAAAGAGGAAGCUCAUGGGAUGGCCUUGCUUUAUGACCAUCCACACCUAUGUAUUCCAUGAGAAGUGCAUUAAUCCCUACCAAGAGUAAUGACACCAACAACCUCAUUAACUCCUAAUAGUCCUCCUGUUCUGAAGAUCAACCACCUACCACCAUAACGCUGCAGACCAAGCUUCUAGCACAUGAACCUUUGGGGUCAAAUAUUAUCCAUGUCAUAACAGGCACAAAUCCAAAUCUACCACUGGCCUUAGGACAAUUCAUACAUUCAUUCACCUAUGUCCCAAAAGGUAACUGGCUCCAUUCUGUGAGAAGCAGGACUAGACAUGUCCAUUGGCCUCUGAAACCUGGGCCAGUAAGGAUGUGGUUCCUCAGCAAUCUGUCUCCUGAUGUUUGUCCCUAGACUGUAGUCUGCAUGAUCAUUUCACAGUGUGACAAGGUUUAUCUGUGAGAUCUUGGAAGUAGGAUUGAGAAGUCAAGAAGAUGCAAACACAUUUACAGAAGAUGUUCCUGUUCCUUCCUCCCUGAAGGCUUUUCCACCAAGGAGAUGUCUUCCUGCCUUUCAGAAUUCGCCUGGCAACCUCCUGAGCCCCUGCCCACCUCCUGAGCCCCUGCCCAUCCCCACUGACCGUGGUGUCCACACAAUUCAUAUUCCUUCCCACCCCAUUGUUGUUCUUAAACUUUUCUCCCUCCUCCCCUUAAAAAAACCUUCUCAUAUUUUAUCUCAUUGUACAUUGUACUCUGUUUGCCUCUUUGCUUCCCCAAAGAAUUUUUCUGUCUGUCCAAGAGACCCUAAGAUUCCCUUCCAUUCCCUGUGUCUGACCAAUUUGCCCUCCUUGAGCACCAGUUUUCCCAAGGGGACAGCCCUCCUUCUUUCAUCGAACUACAGAGCAUUAUAAAUUUCUGGGUAAAAGAUGAAAAUUCCCAUGUUGCCCUCCAGCAAACAAACAAGGACAUCAUUAAACAUGGGCCACCAACUUGGCACAGGGAAUUUGUUCCUUUGAGUGAGUGAAUGAUUGUAUAGUUUGCAUCCCUGCCAGCCAUACUUGAUGGCACGAGUUACCCUGUACUUUCAACAAGACUUGGAAUUAUGAGUCUUAAAUCUGAUUACACUGAAUAGAUGUGCAAUGAGA